GUCUCAGUCUAGGAGAGGCACUUAAUGCAAGAGGAGCAACUCCCCCAGCCGUCCUGCCUGUAACUUGCUAGCAAACCAGCCCAGUUGCCUCCCUGCCCUCCACUGAACUCAACUGGUCGAGGACUUUGACUUCUCAGGGGACCUGUACCUGCUGGGGGAAAGAAUGGAGAGGUUCCUGGAUUUUACUUUUAACCACUGUUUUCUUGUGCUGUUCCUCUCUGCUUACCUGAGCCCCCUGAGCCUUGCCCAGUAUGAACAAUGGCCAUACCAACCGGGCCACCCUCCGAGUCCAUCCCAGCAGCCAGCCAAGGUUUCCAAAACCCAACUGCGGUUGGUGGGGAAGAAACACAAUGAAGGGCGAUUGGAAGUCUUCUACAAUGGAGAAUGGGGCACAGUUUGUGAUGACGAUUUCUCCAUCAGCAAUGCAAAUGUGGCCUGCAGGGAGUUGGGCUAUGUGGAGGCUGUAUCCUGGAUCCCGAGUUCUAAAUACGGCAAAGGAGAAGGGAGAAUUUGGUUGGACAAUGUCCACUGCACAGGCAAAGAGUCUACGCUGGCCGCAUGCACCUCCAACGGUUGGGGUGUAUCAGACUGCAAACACACCGAAGACGUGGGUGUGGUCUGCAGUGAAAAGAGAAUCCCGGGCUUUAAGUUGGAUGACUCUCUACUCAACCAGAUAGAGAAUAUAAAUAUUCAAGUGGAAGAUGUCAGAAUCCGACCCAUCCUGGGUGCCUCCCGCAAGCGUUUGCCCGUCACAGAGGGUUAUGUGGAAAUAAAAGAUGGAGGAACUUGGAAACAGAUCUGUGACAGAAAGUGGACCACAAAAAAUUCUCGAGUCAUCUGUGGCAUGUUUGGGUUUCCGGGUGAGAAGAAAUACAACGUCAAUAUCUACAAGUUGACUGCAAGCCGAAAGAAGCACAGAUACUGGGCUUACUCUGUAGACUGCAAAGGCACAGAGGCUCAUCUGUCCAGCUGUAAACUGGGCAGUCGCAUCAGUACAGCUACUGGGGCAAAUAUUACAUGUGUGAACGGAAUGCCUGCUGUGGUGAGCUGUGUCGCUGGCCGUGCCUUUGCCCCAAGCAGUCACACUGGCUUCCGCAAAGCUUUCCGACAGGAGCAUCCACUGGUGAGGCUAAAGGGUGGAGCCAAGACAGGAGAAGGCCGUGUUGAAGUGCUAAAGAAUGGGGAAUGGGGAACUGUUUGCCAUGACCAGUGGACUCUGGUUGCAGCCAGUGUGGUUUGCCGAGAGCUGGGCUUCGGAAGUGCCCAGGAGGCUAUUUCAGGUGCACGUCUUGGGCAAGGAAUGGGCCCCAUUCAUCUCAAUGAAGUAAAAUGCACGGGCUAUGAAAAGUCCAUCACAGACUGCAAAUUUGCCACAGACACACAAAGAUGCAGCCACGAAGAAGAUGCUUGUGUGAGGUGCAAUGUUCCAGCCAUGGGUUUCCAGGACCAGGUACGUUUGCGUGGUGGCCGUACACCCUACGAAGGCCGGGUAGAAGUCCUCUGGAACCACAAUGGCACGCUUAAAUGGGGAACAGUCUGUAGUGACAACUGGAGUACUGCAGAAGCCAUGGUGGUUUGCCGCCAGCUGAACCUUGGCUACGCGGAGCAUGCAUUUCAGGAAACUUGGUAUUGGCAGGGAGAUGGCAGCACGGAUCAAGUUGUCAUGAGUGGGGUGAAGUGUUCUGGGACCGAAAUGGCUCUGUCACAUUGUCGGCAUCACGCUCACGUCAUCUGUCCCAAGGGUGGGGGGCGCCAUGCAGCAGGCGUUUCCUGCACAGAGACUGCCGCUGACCUUUGUGUCAAUGCCAAGGAGGUGGAGUACACAUCAUACCUCGAAGACCGUCCAAUGUACAUGCUGCAGUGUGCACUUGAGGAGAACUGCUUGGCUUCCUCAGCUGUCAACACAUCUGUUUCCUCCGGUUACAGGAGGCUCAUGCGUUUCUCCUCCCAGAUCCACAACUUUGGACAGGCCGACUUCCGCCCUAGAAGUGGACGCCAUGCCUGGAUUUGGCACGAAUGCCACAGGCAUUACCACAGCAUGGAGGUGUUCACACAUUACGAUCUGCUGGAUCUCAAUGGCACCAAAGUGGCUGAAGGAAACAAGGCUAGCUUUUGCUUGGAAGACAGUGACUGCGCACCAGGCUUCCAGAGGCAGUAUGGAUGUGCCAAUUUUGGUGAGCAGGGAAUAACCGUUGGGUGCUAUGAUGUGUACCGGCAUGAUAUUGACUGCCAGUGGAUUGAUGUUACGGAUGUCAAACCAGGAGACUACAUAUUCGAGAUCCAUGUCAAUCCAACCAAGGAAGUUGCGGAGACUGAUUUUUCCAACAACCUCAUGAAAUGCCAAUGCAGGUUAAGCGAUCAACGUGUCUGGAUGUUCAACUGCCACACAGCCGACUCUUUCAGCGAAGCAAUAGAACAGAAGUUUGAUCACUUCAAUGGACUUAUGACCAACCUGGUGCCCACUCGAUAAAGAGAAACCCUUCACGUCAGCCGCCAUUAUUUAAGGAAGAAGGAAUACCUUUUCCCACAAUUUCCCUAACCACUGCACCGAAGCCUAAAGUACUCCAACAACCAACCAAGAACUUUCAAAUAAGCUUUGUAAGUUAUUUCCAGAGGUGUCCUCCGUACCUACUUUACGGUGUUCAGCUGCAGAACGGGGUUGGUUCUUGUUUCACAUCCAUUCCAUCAGAAGGAAGGUUUUGCACUAAGCUGUCAAGUUUCCCCCAAGAACUUGUUUCCCCUUGGUGUACACCCUAAUUUAUUCACUAGGAAUUGUGUGCAAACUCUCACGUUGUAUCUGUUCAACAAAAGAUGGCAAUACCCACCCAAUAGCCCACAUCAGGAAGCCAGAUGCUGGCAAUUUGUAAGGGGAUUUCUCUCACACAGCAGCUGUCUUUAUGUUCCAUCUCACAAAGAUUUGAAAAAUCAACUCUAUACCACUGAUGCAGAACAGACAUUUCUGCAGAAUUCUUUUGCCGUACGGAGGUCUCAAGAACACUGUGUCUUAAUUUCUUGUACUGGUCAGCCACCGGUCUCUUGGCCCCAUCCCUUCUCCAAGAGUGUGUUCGACAGCUGGUUUCGAUGCACUACGGCGUGAAACAUCUCUCAAGUUAUUCCUUACAUUUUGGUUUUGGGUGCCACUAGACUGUGAAUUGUUCUUCACCCAUUAAGCUGUUCAUCUGCCUGCCUUGGACUUUUAUUCCCCAGUACUCCUAUCUGUGCCCAUCUUCUCUUCCCCAUCCAUAGGAAACAUGGCCUAUGAACAUCUCGUCAACAAAUGUCCUCUCCAAAGUAGGUAAUUUAUUGGCCCUUUGCCAUCAGGGCCCUUCUGGUGAUAUGAUUUCCCCCCCCCCUUCCUUUUUGCAUACAUUGGUAAAAACAUAAUGGUGCUAAGUCUCUGUGCCUCUCUUCACUUAAGGUCAUGCAUUCAUAGAAUUGCAGAGGCACACAUACAUAUACACCUACUUGAAUAAACCAUAUUUUUGGUGCAGGAAGACAGAGUGGGUGCUUUUUGUAAACUUCCAGCAAACGUAACUAGGUUGGUUGUAGCCUUGAAGCCAGAAAUUCAGAGAGCAGAAUUACUUUAGAAUUGCCUCGUUGGAUCAGGUCGAGAUCCGUCUAGUCCCAAAGCAGCCAUCCGGCUGAUUCUAGAUGCCCAGAAAAACAGGUCAUAAAGGUGAUCACCUCACUCCCAGCCCUGCGUUUGUUCUCAAUACGAGGCAGAGGCCGGUUGACUCUGUGCACAGGGGUUCUGUUACCUUAGCUACUACCCACUGAUACACCUUGCUUCUAAUCCUAUUUGUUUUGCUGGUGUCGGUGAAGGGACUGAAAAGGGACUCUUCAAGCCUAGACAGAGCGAACAAAUAUUGUUUUAGGCUUUCCCAUGUUUUCCACAGAAACCCUUGCUUGCCAUCUCCUGCAAUGCGUGAAAGCCUUCCCCAGUUGAAGGAGCAGACACACACACACACCAAACUACUAGCCAGGUUGCACUGUGUGUUGCAAAGCUUAACUGGAGGGGGAGUCAUACCUCCUCAGUCAGCACAUUUCUCAAAGCAACCUAGCAUCUUCCCUCCUCCAUUCUUAUCUGUGAAAUAGGGCCAAGAAUGACCAAGGAAGGGAGUUUAGACAUGAAGAGAAACAGAAUAAAGUACACUGCAUGGCUAAAUACUGUGUGAAUAAUUAGAAAUUACACUUAGCAGCUGUGAUUUGCAGAAAUGGACAAAUAAUCUCCCAGUUAUGUUUUUUGGUCAUACAUAACCUACCUCACAGGGGUGUUGUGAGGCUAGCAGCCAAUUCAGAUAACCAUGUUUGGACAGGCUGUUAUUCCAGCUGGGGGAGGUAAUCAAACUUCUGUCCCAGGAACGCAAACUAGCACCUUUGUAUGUUGCCCCCAGUCCAUGCCGGAGCACCACACACACCAGCUUGUGUUACUGGUGGUGAACACAUCAAAAUGACAGAAGAGGGACCUAGCUUAGCAGUGGUAAGUCUCCAAAGGCUCUACUGCAGCUGGGCUGGGCAGCAUCACUUUGCGCACAAGAAUGGCUCCAGCGCAUGACAACGGCCAUUGCAUUUCUCAUCAUCUUUUCAGCCACUCCGCCCCUUUGGCACCAGUGGAGAUGAAACCUGAUGGUUAAAGGUAGGGCUUUUGUCUGACACCGGGUAAGGGCUCAAGCAACUCAUGCAAACAAGUCUCAGUUACUGGUGUUUUUCUGCAGUCACAGUAGUAAAGUAUCACUGGCUGGAAGCUGCCAUGCCACCCGCUCUUUUCAUGAGACCCACCUUGCUAGAUGAUAUAGGGAAACAGCUCCAUUGCAGUGGGCCCGGCUGCAAAACAAGGAGGAGGCAAAGCCUCACGUUUUCAGCCCAUAAGCUAUUUAAGCCCAUUUGCCCCUGCCCACACACUAAUAUCAGGAAUAAAAAUCUAAGUAACUCAAUUUACAUCAAGAGUAACUCAAGUAACUCUAAGUAACUCAAUUUACAUCAAGAGUAACUCAAGUAACUCUAAGUAACUCAAUUUAAAUCAAGACUGCCCUGCUACUUCCAGACUGGGGAUUCACAGGGGCCAUAAGGAAGUUUACCCUUGAAAAGCGCAACAGUGUAAGAGUUCAGCAAAAUGUAUUUGUG